ACGGACCAACGGCAGAAAGAGAUCCGACUGUUGCGGAUUUGCUACGAUAACGGAUUAAAAUCCAAGUCUUUGCUGAAACACUUUGCAGACAUAAUAUAAAUAACAGGCAGCUGCUCUCCGUACGCUUCUCCGCGUUUCUCACGGAGAUCCGCGGCUCCCGUCGUUUGAGACGCUAUAAACAAUAAUAACAAUGGCUUCUGGUUCGCCGUCGUCCUCUCCGGACACCGCGACGGGCUCAGGUACGGAUCCAGCCCGGCCCGACACAGGAGAGCCCCUCGGUGGAGCAGGCUCGGACUCGGAUUCGGACUUGGGUUUGAGUAAAUUUGACUGCAGCGCCAUGGAGGUGGGGGACCGGCUGGAGGGAGAAGAGCUGGAGCGCGAGUUCGAGUCUGCCGCCGACCGCGUAAAAGACUUGAUACAGACGGCCAGCAGGGACCAGCUGCUGUACCUGUACGCUCGCUAUAAACAGGUCAAAGUGGGGAAGUGCAAUACACCAAAACCUGGUUUCUUUGACUUUGAAGGACAAAGAAAAUGGCAAGCCUGGAAGCAGCUUGGAGACAUGGAUCAGGAACAAGCAAUGCAAGAGUAUAUUUCCUGUGUCAACAUCUUAGACCCUGAAGGCAGCACGAAGGAAAGACGAGGAGCGGAAAGGAGAACAGGCUUCGGUGCAGCAGUCAGUUCCCUAUACCAAGAAGAGAUGAUCAGGGAAGAGGAUAAGAACAUCUUUGACUACUGCAGAGACAAUAACAUCGAAUACAUCACCAACGCCAUCACCUCCCAGAACGUGGACGUCAAUAUACGGGAUGAAGAGGGCCGGGCUCUCCUGCACUGGGCCUGUGACAGAGGCCACAAGGAGAUGGUGUCUUUAUUACUACAGCACAAAGCAGAAAUCAACAUUCAGGACGAUGAAGGACAGACGGCGUUGCAUUAUGCGUCGGCGUGUGAAUUUGUUGAAAUUGUGGAUCUGCUGCUGAAAUCUGGAGCUGACCCAACUAUCACAGACCAGGAAGGUUGUCUUCCUGAGGAGGUCACUGAUUCCCGUGCGAUCUCCCUUCUCCUGCGUGGGUACACUACUUCGAAAGGCUGAGUCGGCCUUGCAUCCCACCACCCUGUUAUUCCAAUCUCCUAGUCUCCUCCCUGCUCCCCUCUUUUGCCCAGCCUUCCCAUAAUCCUUCAUUCAUCCCUGCAGAGACUUCUUUCCCCCUUUUCAGCCCUAACAGUCUGUAGACCUGGACUGCAGACGGGUUUUGUUUUCUAUUUUGUCUUUUUUUUUUUUUUUUUUUU